AUGGGUGAGGCUGGACAUUGUUCUAUUGCAUGUCAGAUGGGUGUAUGGCCUAACGGUGGACCUCGCAAAAGUCGUAAAGCUAAAAACAGGGCCUGGAGCAAUAUUCUACCUUCUUCAAAGGGUCCAGACUGUCGAUCAUAUGCUGACUUCACCAGAUCAAUGCUUGGCUACACCACCAAAAACCCAGAAUUUCCUGAUCCACCAUCUAUGAUCGAAAUUGUCAGCCUUCCUCCACUUACAAAGGAAGCCAUCUUCCAUGAUUCUUCAGUGUUUACAUUGUACAACUCUUCCACCCAUUCCGACCCAACCUGCAACUGGGUGCCAUUCAAGGCACUUCUCGAGGCUGAUCUUUCAAGACACUCAAUCCAUCGAUACACAUUUCAAUGGGAUGCGUUUAAUGGGGAAGACAGCGAAUGGAAUCAAAUAAUGAUAUAUUUCACUGUGAAACAUUGGAAAUUUGCCAAAAAUGCUUCUGCUUUUGACGGGUAUGGACUGGAUCUUGAUCAAGAUAAAGAAAUCAUCCAAAUCGGUAUUGUGACUCGCUGGCUGUGUGGGAAAAUUGAGCAGAUCAAGAAUGGGUUUAACGAAGAUUCCAAAGUUAGACAGAGGUACAGGACUAGGAAAAAACGAGAACUUUGGGAAUAUCGCCGAGAAACUCUCACAAGACAUCUUCCCGAAUAUCUUGACCUCCUACCCAAUGCCGACUGUUGUUCAGAAACUGAAGAUAACCCUCAAGUUGCAGUUCAGCGAUCCAUUCGUCCUUACUGGCGCAGUGAAAAGUACGGCAACUGGAUCCAUGAAAUCGAUGGGCUUUCCUAUGAUCAUCAAGCCAGUGUUAUGCGAAGAUUACACGCAGCAAGACGAUUUGAUACUCAUCGCCAGGAAGGAAGCACAAUCAACCCUCUUUCCAAGGUGUGUGCUGGGCUGCCAGAAGACUGUUAUGAUAGUACUUUCCUCACUCAACAUAAUGAGCUUGCUAGACAUAGUUUAAGAAUCAUAUCCAAUGUGAACCACCUUGACAACGCUCUGACUGCUAUUGCUGCCCGUCGUAUCUAA